AUGAAUGCCACACGCCCAGCCCGCUCCUCACAUCAACACACACACCAUGUUGGCUUACAGCCGACGACUCACGCCUCUGGAGCAUCAUCAACUCGGGUUGGAGCCAGUGGAGGGAUCGAACAAAGCGGCUCCCUUGUACAAGCAAGUCCAAUCUCUCAGCCAUUUCUAACCUCUGCAGAUGGUCUCCGCCGUGCGAAAGGUGCAACGACAGCCAAUGUGUCAUUGAAUGCCUGUGGACUGGCUCUCACGACGACCUUUUCAUUAUUCCCAAACAUUGUCAAGGCUGCGGCACCUCCAAGUCUCCCAGGCGUGUUCCGCCUGGUGGCCGUGUCCGAGGACGUGUACAACGAGGGCCAGAAGAAGGCGAAGCAGGUGAUCAAGGUCGAAAAGAAGGCCAGGCUGAAGGCCAGGCAAAAGGCCAAGAAGAAGGUCGAGCUGGAGGCUAAGCAGAAGGCCGAUCAGAGCGCCAACAUUGUCAAACAGGAGCCUGAAAAGGUCGAGAAGGCACCUCCGCGCAUUGCCCAUACCCGGCUUCAAUCAACCUCAACUUCAGCCCUUGGAGAAGAAUAUCGCUCCAACACUUCGCUCACUCUCUCGACAACACCUGGACCAAGCAAUUGUCCUCCUGACAACGACUGGUUCUUCAUUCGUGAUAUUCCUCCCCAUGUUUCCCUCCGCAAUGGGCCCAUAAUCGACUGGGAAUACAAGGCUCGUGAGCGUGAGGAGAGGAGAGAGAAGGCGUUUGGCCGCGAGCGCAACAUGCGCGACAUGAACUUCAAUGCCAAUGGACAACACCGCGACACGAUUCUCCGGAACCACGACCACCGCCGAGAUGGAGACUGGAGGGAGACGAGGGGUGACUGGGCCCCAGUUCGUGCUGUAAGGCAUGACCACCCCCAGUACUACCACGAUGUCCACCACAGGCAAGCACCCUACCACGUACCACGUCAACCGACUCUCGCUGAGCACUGGUCCCCGCCACGCCCCCUGAAGCGCAUCAAGCUGAACGAGUCCAUGGCCGCUUCGUCGUCCACUGCACACUACCACCAGUCGGACAGUGAGAUUCGAACCCGCAAGACGAGUCUCGACUGCUUCACAUCUGGGCGCUUCGUUCAAGUCGAGAACAGCAGCAAGCAGUCGCUGCUGUCCGAAAACCACCGCCUCCAAGAAUGUGUCGAUGCAAAGGACAAGCUCUUACAGACCAAGGAGCAGCUUAUCGAGGCUCAGCGUAACCUCAUUAAGUCCCUGGAGCGUUGA